CCCCUAAAUUCAUCUUCUUCAUCAGCCGCAUUUACAGAGAAAAAGGUGUAGUGUGAGAAUCCAAUUCUGCAACAAUGAAGUACAAUCCAAGGGUUUCCUCAUCUCGCCGCAAGAGCAGAAAGGCCCAUUUCACUGCUCCAUCAAGCGUUCGCAGGGUGUUGAUGAGCGCACCGCUUUCAUCUGAGUUACGUGCCAAGUACAACGUCAGAUCUAUCCCGGUAAGGAAAGACGAUGAAGUUCAAGUAGUAAGAGGAACCUACAAGGGCCGUGAAGGAAAAGUUAUGCAAGUGUACCGUAAGAAAUGGGUUAUUCACAUUGAACGUAUAACUAGAGAGAAGGUUAACGGAUCUACUGUUAAUGUUGGCAUUAAUCCAUCUAAGGUUGUUGUUACCAAACUCAGACUCGAUAAGGAUCGUAAGUCUUUGUUGGAUCGUAAGGCUAAGGGUCGUGCUGCUGCUGACAAGGAUAAGGGUACAAAGUUCACUGCUGAGGAGGUCAUGCAGACUAUUGAUUAGAUUUAAAGUCAUCUUUCUUCUAUCUCUGCUGAAGAGAGGUUAUAUCAGUACGUUUUUGGUUUAUUAGGGUUUUUGACAUCUCUGAAUUUUUGGGUUUAUUUGAUGUUAUAAUUGAAUGUUGCUGAAAGUUGUUAAUUUUGGGUUGAUUAAUAUAACUCAAGUUUAAUAUUUUAA